CUUUCCAAGUUCUUCUUCGUGUUUAUGUUGCUCAGUCUCAACUUUCACACAAUGAUCAAGAAGCUGUCAUCAGGGUCUGACAUUGCCGCCACUCGUGCGAUUGAAGCCGAAGUUGCGCGGCUGCACCAGCUCGAGACCCAGGCCGGCCACGCUCUGAGCGCGCUCCUCCUGCUCCACCACAACGCAUCCACAGAGCCAGCGUCGUCGUCGAGCAAGAAGGGCGCGUCGUCGACGACCUCUGCGUCGGUCUCUGCCUCACAGCAGCAGCUCCGCCACGCUGUCGGUGAUCUCCUCGCCGUCCUCAAGGCUGCUCAAUCCGCUGCAACCAAGGACGCAAACCCAAAGCUCGUCCAGCGCACUGUGCACGCGGCAUUGCUCGCUCUGCGGCGCGUGAUGACACAGUUCCUGCAUGCUGAACAUGCUGCUUCGUCGUCGUCGUCGUCAUCGAAAGACACCUCCGCUGCGCACAAGUCGAAAAAGUCGCGCGUCGAGCAGGACGACUUGGACAUUGUGCCGUGGCUGCACGAGCGCUACCUCGAGUUUGUGCGCCUCGCGCUCGGACUGCUUGCGCAUCGCAACGGCGUCAUCCAGGCAACGUCCAUCGGCGUGCUGAUGGAACUGCUGAGCGCCGAAGCCGAGCAGCUCGCACAGGAAGCCGACGCUCAGUCCAAGACGCCCUUCCCAUCGCAGCUCUUCUCGCGCAUCCUCGCUGCUCUCGUGUGCAAUGCCCACUUUGGCGAUCAACUCGCGAGCGCGUUCAUCACCGGCUACCUCGAAAAGUUUGACGAUGUUCGCUUUUACACGUACAAGCAUCUCGCCAGCCUGAUUGCUGUUGAAUCCGCACGCCAAGGCUCGCCCCAAUCGCAAAUCACUCAGGCCAACAUCACCAUGGCCCAGUUUAUCCAGCACAUCUUCCUUCUGCUCAGCAGCGCCAACAUGGCCAACACUGCUGAGGACUUGAACGGCUUCCACUGCGGCGAGCCUGUGGGAGCCUCCAAAAUCGCCAAGGCAAGCAAUCGCCAGGACGCCCGCAACAACCGAUUGAAGGUCGCCUUGUCCCACGCCGAAAUCAAGCAUGACGGACCCAGCAAACGAAGGCGAAAUCAAGCGGCCAGCGAAGCCGAUGCGGACAACGCUGGAUCGGAUGACGACGACGAUGAUGCCCCCAAGCGCAAAGGCAAGGGUCGCCAGUCUCAGCGCCAAAACAAGUACAAUAACGACGACGACGACGACGACGAAAUGUACGACAUGGAUCUCGUUGGCGAAGACAUGGACACGAGCGACCUCGGCAUCCAGGACAACAGCCUCCAACUCCACCCAUUGAAAAACCUGACCGAGCAUCGCGCCGUCUUUACCGACUGCUGGCUGGCCUUGCUGCGUCUUCCACUGCCGAUUGACAUUUACAAGCGCGUGCUCAUCAUCUUGGACGAGCAAAUUCUUCCCCAUCUAAACAAGCCCAAGUUGCUUAUCGACUUUUUGACGGAAUCUUACAACGUUGGUGGUGUGGUCAGCGUGCUUGCCUUGAGCAGUCUGUUUACCUUGAUUACCAAGCACAAUCUCGACUAUCCCGAAUUCUACGCCAAGCUGUAUGCCUUGCUGGACCCCCAAAUCUUCCACGUCAAGUACCGUGCUCGGUUCUUCCACCUGGCUGAUAUCUUCCUGAGCUCGAGCCAUUUGCCGUCCUACCUUGUGGCCUCGUUUGCCAAGCGAUUGGGUCGCCUGGGGCUUUCGGCACCGCUGCCUGCACAAAAGUUGAUUCUCCAAAUAAUCUUCAACUUGAUUCUUCGCCAUCCUUCGUGCAUGGCUCUUGUGCAUCGCAAUCUCGAACGCAAGCUGGGCGAGCUUGCCGAGUCUGUUCCAUCCUACAAGGAAGAUCCUUUCGAUGCCGAUGAGCCCAACCCGGCUGCUACCCGUGCAGCUGAAAGUUCGCUUUGGGAGCUUGAUGCAAUCAAGAGCCACUUUUCGCACGACGUGACGCAGCAGGCUGCCGUCUUUGAAGGCAAGAUUACCAAGAUUGAGUACGAUGUGAACGACAUUGUUGAGGAUUCGUACGCUUCGCUGUUUUCCAAUCUCGCAGGUCGCAAGUUCAAAGAAGUUCCGUUGUCCUUCGACACGGUUGGAACAUUGCUAGACUCUCAAGAACUGUCGCAGUUGUGGGAGAUGAGUUGAUUUGCAAUACAAAGUCGUUUACGAACAGGGUUGACAAAAAUACAUGAAACUAACAUAAAGUGAAAAUAAC